GCGGGAAUUCUCUCACGGUAGGGCUGGAGUUAUCCAAAGUAUAGAUUAAUAUCGCACUUUGCUUUAACCCUGACGAUCGUGUUCUAAGCUGAGAACCCUCUCAGGACCUUCAGAUGGCGACGUAUGAUGACGUAUCAAGGUGUCAAUGGCUGUUCUUGGUAUAUUUGAUUGUGGACGUACCUGGAGCUUUGCCACAAAGACCUUGCAGAGAUUCUAAUGGUUUCAUUGAAGCAAGCAGUUACUUCCUUGAGAAUCACCCUACAGCGUACCCUAUGCAAUACGGAGACUGCUCCUUUGGUCAGUCUCUGUGUAACUACACUCAAUUCUGUACGGACCAGGAUGCGGAGAGCUGGCGACAGAAUGGAGAUCACGCUGAAUGUCCCGGGAAGACUGGCCGGUACGAGUCCUUCUCAGUCCUGGUGUCGCCGCUACUCGAUAUCAGUCACGUGACCUGCCUAACGUUUGAAUACACACAAGAACCACCAGGACAGCUGAGUGUUUACCUGGCAACAACUACAUCUUUAUUUAUUAUUAUGCCAGAGGAAGUUAGACAAAAACAAGGUUUUGUAAAUUUCACGACUGUGUUAUCAAGUACUACUGGUAAGCUGAUGUUCCGAGCUCGCACUCCUGAUGUUAAUCACUCGGUUCAGCUGCGUGCUGUCAAACUGCAACAAGGAUCUUGCACUGGGUCUGGGUUUGUCUUAACAACUUGUCUCUUUGAACGUGACUAUUUGCCUUCAUCUUGUGGCUGGAGUAUGAACAACUGGAACAUAACCGCCCAACUGUCAGCCCCAGAAAGUACUGAAAGUAUCAGCGACGCAGCAAGUAUAGGGUAUUUUGCUUACGUCAUACACCCGAUUCGUAAAGGCACGUUGACCACUAUCAUGGCUCAGCCAACAGGAAACCAGACAGGAUGCCUGGAAUUCAGCUACAUCCUCUGUGGCCCUGAUUCGAGAUUGCUGGUAUCCAUUGAAACUUUGGAUGGAAAUCGGAGAGUACUGUGGUCAGGGCCGCCAAACACGUCAACUGACUGUUUAAAGACAUGGAAACUCGCACAAGUACCCGUGUCAUCCACAGCUGCAUUUGCUAUUAUCUUUGAAAAUGUACCUGCGUACAGUACCUCGAUCGUGAUUACCGUUGACUCUGUUAGAUACAUGCUACAGCCGUCACCAUUAGACUGUCAACUUGAACCACAGCACGCUCAGCCACGUGACAAUGACAUCACAUCAUCGCCAUCGAGUUUGACACAAGGACUGUCCAGAAGCAUCAGUUCAGUGUCUGUGUCACUGGUAUACAAUCAAGAAACGGCUUCUACAUUGUUCCAAUCAACGAUUGGACACACUAGUAUUGAUCGUAAGUAAUAACACGUUUGAAAUUUAUUUUGAUAUCUAAUUUUAUUUAGAACGAUUGAAAUGAAAAGUAACACGUGUAUGUUCCUCUGUCUGCUUCUGUAAAGAUAGAUUCCCUUUGUCCACACAGAAAUAACCACACGCUCGGAUAAUUGCAAGUAGCUUUUGUCACAUUUUUCUCGCUGCAGUUAGAAUCUUGAGCAGAGGAGAGACUACAUGAGAAGCAAACCACUUAACAUGCAAAAUGCUUAUAUCUUAUCUAUAAAUAUAUUAGCAUAUGUGUGUGUAAAAAUAUCUCUGAAUUUUUUAGCAAAAUUAUACACAAGCAUGUUAUUGCGUACUGUAGCAACACCCCAAGCCAAAAGGUCAAAAGGCAGAAAGAGUUCGUGAGAAAUUAUUUGGAAGUGUCAUGAAGUUACGAUCCUGAGGCGCAAUCUCCGUAGUCCAACUCUUCUCACAAGUAGAAAACAUUCUGGUCGAAUACGUGUAAGCUGUUCACAGUGUGUGAAACUCUUCUCAAGUAAAGGAAGUAAAAUAUUUUUUAAAAAAACGUAUUUUAUUGUCUAAUAGCUAGCGGAACUAGGAACGUGGACUUGCAGGAUAGCGCCUUGUGUAGUCUCUGCCACUGCUUAGUCUUUGAUUACA